AGCCAGGGACCCUUCUCUUCACCACCGGGCACGGGAGGCCCCUCCGCGAUCUCCCUGUAGUUUCCAGCCCCGGAGAGGGUGCACCCGACGCAACCGCCCAAGACCCCCGCCCGACGUGUCCCCCUCUCCAGGCUUCCCGUGUCACUUCCCGCCGUCCCCUCCCCGAGCUUCCUUGCCCCCGCCCUUGGCGAUCCUCCCAGGGUUUCCUUUGUCCCCUCCACACCCUUGCCCUGGGCUUCCCGAUUCCCCUCCUUGACCUCGUCCCCUCCCCACCGCCGCGCUCCCUCCCAGGCUUUGCUAGUCCUUCUCCGGUGCCCUCCCCACCCUCUCCCGGGUUUCCCGAGUCCUCUCCCCGCCCCGCCCCCGUUUUUAAACCUGGCGCCGAGCGCGCGGGUAGGUGAGCGCCCUAGCCCGAGCGGUUAAAGGCGCGGCCGAGCGCUGGCGCCGCUGGAGGGGCGCGGGUUCCGAGGGCACCAUGAGAUCAGAGGCAGCCGCCGGAGCCCGGGAGGCGCGGGGACGCGUCUGUGACUGCCCGGGAGACGGGCCCCCGGAACCACUGCCGCCGCGCGGGUCCGAGAGCCAAGCGCCAUGGAGACCUUGGAUCCUGACACCCCAGGAUGCUGAGCCGACAGGAACCCGAGGCGCGCUUGAGCCUGGGGGUGACCAACAAACAUUUGGAUCAAAAGGGGCCUUUGGGUUUCAGCAUCCUGUAAGACUUUAUUUACCCAUCUCUAAGCGUCAAGAGUACCUGCAGGGUUCCGGGGAGAAGGUGCUGGCCAGUUUCCCAGUUCAAGCCACCAUUCACUUCUACAACGACGAGUCAGACUCAGAUGGGGAGCAAGAGGAGGAAACCCUGGAGGUGGAAGAGGGAAAGCGCCGAGACCCGCUGACAAACGCAGGAUGGAGGCCGGGAGGCCACGGUGGUCUCCAUGGUGAUGGUCCUCUCCCCCACCGUGACUCUCCGGAGGAUGCUGGGUGCUCCUCAUCCGAGUAAACCGGUCUCUCCCGCGCCAGACCCACCUCACGUGUGCCCUUGGGGGCAGCCGUGCCAGGACUCUGCGUUUCCGCUGGGCGCACAGGGACUUUGGCCAGCACUGCCCGCAUCGCGAGGACUCAGCUUUUACUCUUCCUUCUCCUGGUCAUUCUUGGUGCCUUAUUCAUACGUUUGAGACAGGAUUCUAGGAUCAAGCGAACAUUUUAGUCCACAGGGGUUGUUAAGUGGGUGGGGGCACCUUUCAAAGCACAUUCAGCAAUGUCACUCUGCUGACCAAGGGACAAAUCUUUCCCGCACGGAUGAAUAACCUACCCACACCUCUCACUUAACCUGAGGCUCCUUAUUUAGCUAUUAAUGCUUUUGUAAAAAUGAUUUAUAUUGUCAUCCAAGACUAAUGUGGUUAUUUAGUGGCAUUCUAGGGGGAGAAAAAUAUUUAUAAAAAAACAAAAAACACUGAAUACUUUGCUUAAGAGUGACAAAAAUACAAAGAUACGAAUUGGGGGGUGGGGACAGUUCUAGAUAAACAUGUAUCUGAUUCUUGUCUAAGGGCUGUGUGUAUGACUAGAGAGAAUAGCUUAAACGCUCAACUGGGGACCGCUUUGGGCUUGUUACUUGAAUACAGUAACACUGUUGUCAA